GUUAAGAGAGAUGAGAAAAAUAAGUAAUUGCCUUGGGUUUAUUUUGGAAUCUUCAAUAAACAAGUUUAAAGGUAGUAUUGUGGAAGUGGUCGAAUGUAACUGUGCGUGCUGAGUAUUGUCUUCACAAUUUUUCCUUUUCAGAUAAAAAAAUGACUGGGCGAGCCAGAGCCAGAGCCAGAGGAAGGGCCCGCGGGCAGGAGCCGGCACAGCACGUGGGCGCUGCUGCAAGUCAGCCACCUGGUUAUAUUCAGCCUAGACCUCAGCAGCCACCAACAGAGGGGGAAUUAGUUGGCCGUGGACGCCAGAGAGGACCAGUAGGAGCAACAGCCAAGUCACAAGAACUCCAGAUAUCUGCUGGAUUUCAGGAGUUGUCAUUAGCAGAGAGAGGAGGUCGUCGUAGAGACUUCCAUGAUCUCGGAGUGAAUACGAGACAGAACCUCGACCAUGUUAAAGAGUCAAAAACAGGUUCUUCGGGGAUGAUAGUAAGGCUCAGCACCAACCAUUUUCGACUGACGUCCCGUCCCCAGUGGGCCCUGUAUCAGUAUCACAUUGACUAUAACCCACUGAUGGAAGCCAGAAGACUCCGGUCAGCUCUUCUUUUUCAACAUGAAGAUUUAAUUGGAAGGUGUCAUGCUUUUGAUGGAACGAUACUGUUUUUACCUAAAAGACUGCAACACAAGGUGACUGAAGUGUUUAGUCAGACCAGAAAUGGAGAGCACGUGAGGAUAACCAUCACAUUAACAAACGAGCUUCCACCCACGUCCCCAACUUGUCUGCAGUUCUAUAACAUUAUUUUCAGGAGGCUUCUAAAGAUCAUGAAUUUGCAACAAAUUGGACGGAAUUAUUAUAACCCAAAUGACCCAAUUGAUAUUCCAAAUCAUAGGCUGGUGAUUUGGCCUGGCUUCACGACUUCGAUUCUUCAGUAUGAAAACAACAUCAUGCUCUGCACUGAUGUCAGCCACAAAGUCCUUCGGAGUGAAACCGUGUUAGAUUUCAUGUUCAACUUAUAUCAUCAGACCGAGGAACAUAAAUUUCAAGAACAAGUUUCUAAAGAGCUAAUAGGUUUAAUUGUUCUUACCAAGUAUAACAAUAAGACAUAUAGAGUAGAUGAUAUUGACUGGGACCAGAACCCUAAGAGUACCUUUAAGAAAGCAGAUGGCUCUGAAGUCAGCUUUUUAGAGUACUACAGGAAGCAAUAUAACCAAGAAAUCACGGACUUGAAACAACCAGUGUUGGUCAGUCAGCCUAAGAGGAGGAGGGGCCCUGGUGGCUCGUUACCAGGACCCGCCAUGCUCAUUCCUGAGCUCUGCUACCUGACAGGUCUGACUGAUAAAAUGCGGAAUGAUUUUAAUGUAAUGAAAGACCUAGCUGUCCAUACAAGAUUAACUCCAGAGCAAAGGCAGCGGGAAGUAGGAAGACUUAUUGAUUAUAUUCACAAAGAUGACAAUGUGCAGCGAGAGCUUCGAGACUGGGGUUUGAGCUUUGACUCCAACUUACUGUCCUUCUCAGGAAGAAUUUUGCCAACAGAAAAGAUUCACCAAGGUGGAAAAACAUUUGAUUACAAUCCACAGUCUGCAGACUGGUCAAAAGAAACGAGAGGUGCUCCCCUGAUCAGCGUCAAGCCACUGGAUAACUGGCUGCUGGUCUACACGCGAAGAAAUUAUGAAGCAGCCAAUUCACUGAUACAAAACCUGUUUAAAGUCACUCCAGCCAUGGGCAUACAGAUGAAAAAAGCAGUAAUGAUUGAGGUAGAUGAUAGAACUGAAGCCUAUUUACGAGUCUUACAGCAGAAGGUUACGUCAGAUACCCAGAUAGUGGUCUGCCUGCUGUCCAGUAAUCGAAAGGACAAGUAUGAUGCUAUAAAGAAGUACUUAUGUACAGACUGCCCUACCCCCAGUCAGUGUGUGGUGGCCCGCACCCUAGGGAAGCAGCAGACAGUCAUGGCCAUUGCCACAAAGAUCGCCCUACAGAUGAACUGCAAGAUGGGGGGAGAGCUCUGGAGGGUGGACAUGCCACUAAAGCUAGCGAUGAUUGUUGGUAUUGAUUGUUACCAUGAUACCACAGCUGGACGGAGGUCAAUUGCAGGAUUUGUUGCCAGCAUCAAUGAAGGGAUGACCCGCUGGUUCUCUCGCUGUGUAUUUCAAGAUAGAGGACAAGAGCUGGUGGACGGACUCAAGGUCUGCUUGCAAGCUGCUCUGAGGGCUUGGAAUAGCUGCAAUGAGUACAUGCCUAGUAGAAUUAUAGUCUACCGGGACGGUGUGGGAGACGGUCAGCUGAAAACGCUGGUUAACUAUGAAGUACCACAGUUUUUAGAUUGCCUGAAAUCUGUUGGUAGAGGUUACAACCCAAGGCUAACAGUAAUUGUGGUGAAGAAACGUGUCAAUGCCCGAUUUUUUGCUCAGUCUGGAGGAAGACUCCAAAAUCCACUUCCGGGAACAGUCAUUGAUGUGGAGGUCACCAGACCAGAGUGGUAUGACUUUUUCAUCGUGAGCCAGGCUGUGAGAAGUGGCAGUGUUUCUCCCACACACUAUAAUGUCAUCUACGACAACAGUGGCCUCAAGCCAGACCACAUUCAGCGGCUGACGUACAAGCUGUGCCACGUGUAUUAUAACUGGCCGGGCGUCAUUCGUGUGCCUGCUCCUUGUCAGUACGCUCACAAGCUGGCUUUCCUUGUCGGCCAGAGUAUCCACCGAGAGCCCAACCUGUCACUUUCCAAUCGCCUCUACUACCUCUAACCAGCAGAAGAGGACAAGGUGGAGCUGGUUUUUUUCUUUUUGAAAUUAUAACUUUGGGAUUUUUUGAAGCUGUUACUUUGUUAUCUAGAUGAAACUUGGAGAGGGGCUUAGGAGACCUAGAGUCUGUUCCUAAUGUUGCUAUUAACUGAAAAUUCCUCAUUUCUAGAUAAAAAUGAAGAUUUUCUAUUUUCUUGUUUGCCUCAUAAAAGCUUGU